AUGGCCUUUUUCUAUAUAUCUCAGCAAAAAUAUAUUCUGGACCUGUUACAAAGUACUAAGUUCGAUGGUGUCAAGCCCAUUAACACACCCCUGGCAGCAAAUAGUCAACUCUCUCAAUAUGAUGGACCGACUCAUAGUGAUCCUACACGAUAUCGAAGUAUUGUGGGAUCUUUACAGUAUUUAUCUUUCACUAGACCAGACAUUGCAGCAGCUGUCAACAAGGUAUGUCAGUUCAUGCAUGACCCUCGUGAAGUUCAUUGGUCUGCUGUUAAACGAAUUCUUCGUUACCUCAAAAAUACAAUCAACUAUGGCUUGCUACUGUCUAUACCCACCAGUCUUACAAUUCAUGCAUAUUCAGACUCGGAUUGGGCUGGAUGUCCGGAUGAUCGCAGAUCUACAAGUGGUUAUUGUAUUUUCUUUGGUGGCAACCUCAUCUCAUGGAGUGCACGAAAGCAAAAGACAGUUUCCGAUCUAGCACUGAAGCUGAAUAUAGGGGCGUCGCAAUUGCAACUGGUGAAGUUAUGUGGAUUCAAUUGUUAG